UAAUUAUUUAAAAAAUUCGAGUUAUGAUUAAUUGAUGAUGUUAAUGGCACUUUUGUGAAUGGGAUACUUACUGAAAAUGAAAGAUAGUGGUGGAUAUUGUAUAUACGUGGCUCUUUCUGAAGCCAAAUUUUCUCUGUUUCACUUGGUCGAAUGUAGAAGUUGAUGAUCAUAUACGUUAUGAAAAUUCUAUCAAUGAUCAAAAUUCAAAUCCAAUCUCAUAUUUCUCUCACAGAUUGCAUCAUGUUUCUCAUCAAGGCAUGGAGAACGGUUGCAUUUGGCGUUUAUGGGUACCUCAAUUUCACUAAAGCUGGGUUCUUGGAACACUCUAAGAACUUUAAAGCUGAAGAUAUGCAAGCAAGAAUGGAUGGAAAGAAUUGUAUUGUUACUGGGGCAAAUUCUGGGAUUGGGUUUGCAACUGCUGAGGACCUUGCAUCAAGAGGGGCAUCAGUGUACUUGUUGUGCCGCAGUAAAGAGAGGGGAGAAACCGCUCUUUCUAAAAUCCAAACUAAAACUGGAAACCAGAAUGUUUACUUGGAGGUAUGUGAUCUCUCUUCUGUGAGUGAAAUCAAGUCGUUCGCUGCAAGGUUUUCUUCAAAGGAUGUGCCUCUUCAUGUUUUGGUCAACAACGCUGGCAUUAUCGAGAAUAAUCGUGUCGUAACUUCUGAAGGCUUCGAACUGAAUUUUGCGGUAAACGUAUUGGGAACUUAUGUUUUGACAGAGACGAUGUUGCCUCUAUUAGAAAAGGCUGCACCUGAUGCACGGGUUAUUACAGUUUCUUCAGGUGGGAUGUACUCUGCUCCUUUGACCGAAGAUUUACAGUUCAGUGACAAAGACUUUAACGGGGUGAUGCAGUACGCUCGAAACAAGCGAGUUCAGGUCGCAUUAACUGAAAGAUGGGCCGAAAUAUACAAAGAUAAGGAAAUUGGAUUCUAUGCAAUGCAUCCUGGUUGGUCCGAGACGCCAGGAGUUGCAAAAAGUUUGCCUGGAUUUUCUGAAAGGCUUGCUGGGAAAUUACGAACGUGGGAAGAAGGUGCUGAUACGAUAAUAUGGUUGGCUUUACAACCGAAACAGAAAUUAGUCUCCGGUGGAUUUUACUUUGAUAGAUCGGAAGCACCCAAGCAUUUGCCGUUUGCAGCCACUGCUGGUUCUCAUGCUGUUAUUGAUUCCAUCAUUAAAAACCUUUGUUCAUUAACAGGAAUCGCAUCAUAAACGAUAAAUCAAAAAAUUGCAUUUCACAUUUUUUGAAGGCUUGUAUAGACUAUACACCAAGAAUGUUGGCAAUUGACAUACAAAACUUUGAUCUUUGUAAAAGAUAGUUUUGGUUGCGGUUAAA